AAACACGCUCGUUCUAAUUGGCGCGUGGUUUCUUCUCUACCAUUUCCCCCAAAAACUAAAGCACCAAGAAAAGCAACACCCUCUCCUUCACGGUUUUUCAACCCCGCCAUGGCUACUCUAGACUCCGAUGUCCCCAUGGUACCCGUCGGCGAGUCUUCCAACAGCUCCGCCGCUUCCUCUUCCACUAAGAAACCCAAGCGUUUCGAGAUCAAAAAGUGGAGCGCCGUUGCCCUUUGGGCUUGGGAUAUUGUUGUGGAUAAUUGUGCAAUUUGUAGGAAUCACAUCAUGGAUCUCUGUAUCGAAUGCCAAGCAAACCAAGCCAGCGCCACCAGUGAGGAAUGCACUGUUGCUUGGGGGGUCUGCAACCAUGCAUUUCACUUUCACUGUAUCAGCCGAUGGUUGAAGACUCGUCAAGUGUGUCCAUUGGAUAAUAGUGAGUGGGAGUUCCAAAAGUAUGGUCACUAAAUCUUUUGGACUGUUUUAUCAGUUGAAUCCACUUACCUUUCCAAGUACGGUGUGCAAGAAGAUUUACAUAUUUUCUUCAGGUUUCUGUUGAUUCUACUGCAGCUGCUUUAAACUUUUUUUGGAAAACAUUUGGAUUUAUGAAUUAGGUAUUUGGAAUUUGCUUUGCACUGACUGUAAUCUGCUAAAAUUUUAUGUGAAUUAUUCAAAGCUUGAAUCAUCAA